CUAACAGUCCCAAGCGAAGUGGAAGGGACAGUGGGUACGGCGACAUUUGGUACCUUGAGCGUAGUGACUCGCUUUCUUCAUCUGCCAGCCAUAAGAGAGAGGAUUCGUUCGAUAGCUUGGAUUCGUUUGGCUCAAGGUCUUCCGCCAGCCUUUCAUCAGACAUAACUCUAAAAGGUUGCAGUGAAGAUUGUGAAAGUGACACGGACUCCGAAACACGCACCAGGAUGCAGGACCCCGGUAAAGAUGACAUGUCCUACCGCAGGGUUUCCUUGAUCGAACCAAAACCUGCCGCGGAGUUCAAUCGUUUCUUACCCAGCAAAACCAAACCACCAACAACAUAUAUGCCAGCCCCUUUGAGAAAGAAGAGGACAGAACAGAAUGAAGACAACAGAAGAAGCUGGGCGAGUCCUGUGUUCACCGAGCCAGAUGGAACCUUCUCCAGUAACCAGCAGAGAGCUCUGCAACGGGAGAUGGACUUCAAGUCAACAGCUAGCGUCCUUUCAGACUUCUCCAGCUAUUUUGAUGAGGAGGAGGAAGAAAAGACAAUAGGCACUCCAGACAUCGAAACAGAUGACCUUUAUGUUCGCAAAUUGAAUGCUGCAGUGUCCAACAUAAAAGAUUCUUCUCAUAAGUUUCUUCCCCAGUCUUGGACUCCAGGCGAAGAAUUACACUGGAAAAAAGCUGAUAGGAUCUCUUUUUCCAAAAAAUGGUAUAUGGACAUUCAAGGAUUCAGUAAAAAAACAGAUUCCGAAGAGCAAAUUGCAGAAGUCCCACCAAGCGAUAUCAGCUGUGGUAGUUUGGAUAAUGUUUGCCGAGGGGACCCAGACUUCACUAGCCGAGCAGCUGAGGAUGCGGCGCAGUCUCUAACACAAGCUGCAGAAAGAAACGUUAGCGACCCUUCUGAUCUUCCAAGUCAGUUUUUAUUUCUCCGGGCACUGCAAAAAUAUUCCGAUGACUACCUGUCCUCCAAAACUAGGACCAAAAUUGAUCCGGCUUCAGGCCCUAGGCUCGUCACAUGCUGGAAAAGCCAUUAUAUUAGGCCCGGAUAUGACCAAAGGGAUGCCGGAAAUGGAGAUUUCUAUCCAGAUUUGGAGAACGAUGAUUUGUUUGUUCGCAAGACUGGUGCGUCCCAUUUGAAUCCAGUAGUUGUCCAAGAUUUCGAGUAUCUUAGGAAUUCCUAUAAGCGAGGGCCUCACUUAGAAGGGGAGAUAGUUCUGCAGCCCAGAGACGGCAAACCUGUAAUUCCAGAUUUAGAAAAAGAUGAUCUGACGGUCCGCAAGGUUAAGCUACAGAACAGGAAAGUGUCCUUGUCGGGUGCCCCUGAUCAAUAUCAGCCUGCUCUUUUCCCGGAUCCUUGGAGUCUUCCACCGGCAAUUCAGGCCAAAUUCCUUUGUUUGCUUGAGAAGAAGACGUCUUCAAUGAACGAAAGUGGUGGAAAGGUCUUACCGCCCUCUUCAUGCCAAAAGAAGGACGAUAUGCUGACCCGCAAGAUAGAACUGCUCAAUGUGGGUUUCAAUGCGCAGCCAGUCAGCUUCUCCCCAGGAACGUGCAGCGCAGAAGAUUUUGAAAAAUGGGAGGCUAUCAGAGAGGCCAGCAAAAUCAAGCACAAGAAACGGCAGAUGGUGGAAAGGCUGUUUCAAAAGCUUUCUGAUGAGUAUGGGAGUAAAUCCUUGAAUGACGUCAGCGCAGAAGAGCUCCAAACAAUCCGUCAAGUGCGUUAUGAAGAGCUACAGAGAAUAAGGUCUCAGCUACAGGAGCAAGAUCAACAAUGGCAAGAUGAUUUGGCAAAAUGGAAGAGCCGUCGCAAGAGUUACACUUCUGAUUUGCAAAAGAAAAAGGAAGAGAGAGAAGAAAUAGAGCGGCUGUCUUCCGAGGGCUCUGAGAGGCGCGGCAAAUCAUUGAAACAAAUGCAGAAAGAGAGAGAGGACAGAGACCAAGGGCUGUACAGUGGUGGUAGCCAGCAGCGAGGGAGACACAGGUUUUUGUCAAACGACAAUGUGUUCAGCGAAGAGAAAACGCCUUCUGGACUGUCGAAAGAUCCCCCUGUGGAAAACGAUGCUGCCGCCCCCAGUUCAUCGAAAAGCGAAGAAAACGGCAAAGAGCACGAUCUGAAAACAGAGACCGGCGGUGCAAGAGUGGAAACUCCAGUUCCAUCUAAAAGCAUGGCGGAAGAAAAGAGCCAGCCGCCUUUGUCCACGUACUAUUCAGUCAGUGCGCCAAUUGGGCCAGCUCGGGUUGCAUCUUCUCUCCCGAGAACUUACACGAAAAGUGAUACUGCCAGGCUAACAUCUGUGGUCACGCCGAGGCCCUUUGGUGUCCAUUCAAGAGGAAUCUCGUCACUUCCCAGGUCGUUCACGAUGGAUGACACUGCAAAAUAUAAUGGAGAAGUAGAUUUGUCCAAGAGAGCCCCACGGCCAUUCACCAGCAAUUCGUUUUCUAAAGCGGAGGCUGGGCAAAGCCCGUCUCUGAAUGACCUCAGAAGCGCCGAAGAGGACAAGUCUAGGACAAGAGACUCGCUUGUGGAGGACACUUCCUCUGCCUACCAGGCUGCGGAUAUUGGUCACCUUGGCCCUAAACUGGAGCAAGAGGUGGUUACAGCUGUAUCUUCAGCCGUGGAAGAGAGAAGUCUUCAAGAGCCGGAGGCGCCAAGAGUACAAGGCCAGUUCAGUGACAUGAGAAUCAGUAUAAACCAGAAACCAGGAAGCGGUCGGAACUUUGGGUUCACAACGCACUGGAAUCCUUCUGGAGUCUUUGUCAAGUCCAUAGAAGAAGGCAGCCCUGCAGAAUUUUGCCAGUUGAAUGUGGACGAUGAAAUCCUGUCCAUCAAUGGCACAAAGGUCUCUCAAAUGGUCCAGAGUCAGUGGGAAGGAGCCAUCAGCAGUGCACUAGAAACUGGAAACCUUCUCAUGGAUGUUAGACGAUAUGGGAAGAAGGACUGGGGCAAAGACCAGCCUUCCCUGCCAUAUGAAAGGCACAAAAUCCUCAAUCUCACCAGUCUGGCUACCGACAUUAUAGGUACACCAGAAAGCAAGUGGAUUGAUGCGACAUCUGGCGACCACUCCUCAGCCAGAAGUCCAAGUCUAUCGGCACAAAAAGAGACAUCCAACAGUUUCCAGAGUGAGGAUAUAGAAACUAAAGUCAAUGGAAUGCAAGGAGACACAAGUACAAGUGAGCAAAAAGACACAGAACCUAUUUCUUUGAAAAACUUAAAAAGGCGAUCACAGUUUUUUGAACAAGGAGGCUCAGAACCCGCAAUACCUGAUCUCCCAGUUCCACCCAUAAGCGCUUCUAGCCGCUGGGCUUGGGAUCAAGAGAAAGAAAGAAAGAGGCAGGAAAAAUGGCAGGCAGAACAAGAGCGCCUGCUUCAGGAACAGACUAUAUGGAAGCCAGACCUUCUCUCCGUAACGGCUCAGGAGCCGCCAUCUUCCAGGUGGGGAACCAACGGAAAUGGGGGAGCUGACUAUUACGACACCAGCAGGCCAUGGGGAGGGGAAAGAGAGCAGCAGAAGAAGGGAGAAGGAGAAGAAAGGAAGAGUCUCCAGGAGGAGCGGAGACUCCAGGAAGAAGCAGCCUUGCGGGUGCAGGAAGAGAGGAAACUCCAGGAAGUGGAGCACGAGGAGGGACAUAAUGGGCGGGACACCAUCUGCUACGCCGAGGAGCCAAAGCACCAGGAAGAAGCGCAACGGGAACCGCAGGUGGUGGAACAAGUCAGGGAAGUUCCAGCGCAGAGGCCCCAAUAUCAAAGACAUUAUGAUUCAUCGAGAAAUUCUGAGCACCUGGGCAGCUUCAGUGCUGAUAAGAGCAAAUCCAGGUCAACUCCCAGUCUAGAUGACCAUCAUGCCAACAGGAAUGGCGUGAAGAGCAAAUACUCGGAGCAGGCCUGGCAUACUGGAGACUCCCAGAAGAGACCCCAGAGAGAGCCGGGCCUGUCCCCGGCAGAACAGGAAAGGCAGCAGAUCCUCCAGGAGAUGAGAAAGAAGACCCCUCUGCACACAGACAGCAGCUGGAUUAGGCAGCGGAGUUCCAGCAUGCACAAAGAGCCCAUUAGCCUACCUGGCAGUAAAAUGAGGAGAGGUGAGAGUUUAGAUAACCUGGAUUCUUCAAGGACACAUUCCUGGAGGCCUUCUUCUUGGAUGAAUCAGUCUGCGUCCUCAGCAUCUUUGUCAUCUAGUCAAGAAUUCAGCCACCACACGCCUCCGGUGGUGUCCACUUCGAACCGUGCCUACAUGCGCGCUCCCUCUUCCAGCCUGCCCUCGUCUUCAGACAGUCCUGUGAAAGCUUCAUCCUUGCCCCACAUUCCCCCCUCUGCAUCAUCUCCUGUUCCCCACGCCCAGUCACCAACCUCGCCUUCCCAGACUGGAACCCAGCAGCGCAGCAGGUCGGUCAGUGGAAAGCGUGUGUGUUCAUACUGUAAGAAUGUUCUGGGCAAAGGAGCGGCCAUGAUCAUCGAGUCGCUUGGCCUUUGUUAUCAUUUGCAUUGUUUUAAGUGCGUUGCUUGUGAGUGUGACCUUGGGGGGUCUCAGACGGGAACCGAAGUCCGCAUCCGAAACAAUGAGCUCUUCUGCAACGACUGCUAUCUCAGAUUUAAAACUGGACAGCCAACCAUUAUGUGAUAGAAACCUGAAUAUGAAAACACUUCUACAGAUAACGGAGGAAGCUGCUGCUGUAGAUCUAUAAAUAUAUAUAUUGUGUGUGGUUUUUUAAAAUAUAUAUAUAUAUAUUUUUGCCUGCCUAGAUUAUGUAGGAAAUGCAUUGUAUCCGUUUAACAUUUAGUUAUUUAUAAGAAAGUAAUCACAGUAAAACUCUUCUGAGCAAAACACACAGUCCAUUUAAUAUACACUCUCAUUCCUAUACACACAAGUGAGAAAUCUACACCUGGUAGUCUGUGCAUCAGAAUGUUGGAGGUGAAUAUCAAAUAGCUUUAAUUUUUUUCAAUUAUGUAUGAAGAGGCUAUUUUGGGGGUUUUGUAAAAUGCUCUUUAAUGAGCAUUGUUGAAAUAAUAAUAGAUUUGUAACUGCAAUUUCUAUUUUUGAUGUAUAUUCUUCAGGGUUCUGCAGAAUUAUUAUGAAAUUGCGUUUCAAGGCACACAGUGGUGGUUGCUGUCUGUAUUUCCGUUUCUAUGCCUAAGUCAUAUUAUACUUUUAAAGACUAAAAUAUAAAACUUCAGUCUGCUUGCUCGGGGAUCAGUAUUUCCUUGUGCUUGAACAGUUAAAUGCAGUUUGGGGGGAAUUGUAAGGGUUUUUUCCCCCCCCUUUUCAGGUUUGAAAAAUGGGAUUCCACAUGCACCUCAGACAAGUAAAUAAGACUGAAGAAUUGUUUUCCUCCUCUUGACUUAUUUUGUAUUUGUAAAUAAAGUUGCUGAAGCUGCACU